GGGCUCGCGUUCGCAGAGCCCCAGCGCACGGCUCUCGUACGCCCACCUGCACGAGCUCGAGGCCCGCUUCCGCGGCGGCCUCUAUGGCGCGCGAGGCACCCUCGACCACCCGCGGCAGGGCGUGGCGGUGCUGGACAUCCAGGUGGCGCCCGCGGCGCACGGCCACGCCGCGGACGGCCGGGACGAGGAGACGCGGCGGAGCCGCCGGCGGUGGCCUUCGCGGCGCUCCGCGACGGGUGCAUCGCCAUGUACCCGCUGGAGCAGCCAGGCCCCGGAGCGGCGGCCGCGCAGGCGGGCGCGAGGCCGCGGCAGGCGCUGCCCACUCGCGAGCUGACGCCGAAGCUCGGCGGGGGCCCCGCGCUCUGCUGUCUGCCGGUGGGCGUGCCGCGCCAGACCCCCGCGGAGGCGGCGGCGCCAGCCCCGGGAAUCCUCGCGGCUGGCUAUGCCCUCGGGCGCCUGGCCGCCUGGGAACUGCCCUCAGGGAACCGGUGCACGCCGGGCUGCUGGGAGGCCCGGGGAUGA